AUGGAGGUCGCCCGUACCUCCUUGAUCCAUGCGGCUGCCCCCCACUUUCUGUGGCCGUUUGCGGUCCGGUACGCUGCGCAUCAGCUCAACCUCUGGCCCCGUGUCUCCUUGCCGGAGACCUCGCCCACACUGCUGUGGACGGGGGAGGUUGGCGAUGCGUUGCGUUUCUGGGUCUUGGGAUCUCGAGCUUUUGUCCGCGAUACGUCUGCGGACAAGCUCUCCUCCCGUGCUGUUCCCUGCGUCUUCCUCGGCUUUGUCCCGGACGCGCCUGGUUGGCAGUUUUACCACGCCACCUCGCGCCGAGUCUUGCCCUCUCAGGACGUCACUUUUGACGAGUCCGUCCCCUACUACCGCCUCUUCCCCUACCGCACUGCCCCGCUCCCCCCCCCCCCCCCCCCCCCGCCUCUCUUCCUCGCGCCAGGUGCUGCUGUCGUAGACCCCCUCCCCCCUCAGGGUGCCGCUCCCUCAGGUGUGUCUCAGGUAGACCCGGUUGAGCCUGUUAAGGUAGCUGUCGACUCUCGUCCUGCUGUGGCCUAG